CACACACACAUUUGCUGCAAAGCGUAGUGGUGGUUGAACCAGGUUGAACACUGUUGUACACAUUGAUUCUCGAUGAUGGCGAAUCUGUGUUGAUCUGCUGCGUGCUGCGUGUAUCUGCGCGAAUAAGCUGCAGUAAUGAUCGUCGGUCUUAUUGCGCGGUGAUUGCAGGUGACAGUUAGCUCACGAGCGAAUUCCGGAUCUACUCCCUCCAUCUCGUGUUCAUGACUAUCGAAUUUUCGUAAACAAACGAGAAUGGGUGUUGGCCUGAAACCAUUGGAGUUUACAGAUUGUUUAACCGACAGUCCGUACUUCCGCGAGAAUCUUCAUUACCAUGAACGCGAAUUGGAGAAGACUAGUCAACAGAUCAAACGGCUCGUUAAAGAAGUGAAAGAUUUAUUGCUGGCUGCUAAAAAUUUAUCUAGAGCACAAAGAGCCUUUUCCAAAACAUUGCAAAACUUUAGUUUUGAAUGCAUCGGUGAGAGCCAGACUGAGGACGAGACUCAUAUAUCUCAAAGUCUAAAAGAAUUUGGUAAACUUAUCGCAUCUAUAGAAGAUGAAAGGGAUCGCAUGUUGGAACGAGCAUAUGAUCAAAUUAUACUACCCUUGGAAAAUUUUAGAAAAGAACAUAUUGGUGGAGUUAAGGAUGGUAAAAAGAAAUUCGAGAAACAGACAAUUAAAUUUUGUCAGAGUCAAGAGCGUUACCUGAAUUUAUCCACAAAAAAACAGGAUAAUGUUUUACAAGAGGCGGAUGCAACAUUGGAAAUGGCUGAAAGACACUUCUCUCAAGCUAGCUUGGAAUAUGUUUUUCUAUUGCAAGAAGUUCAAGAGCGGAAAAAAUUUGAGUUUGUUGAAACGUUACUGGGUUUUAUGUUUGGAUGGCUGACAUUCUAUCAUCAGGGUCACGAAGUUGCGAAAGAUUUUAAACCUUAUAUGACAGAAUUGCAAUUAAAGAUUCAGAAGACUAGAGAAAAUUUUCUUGCUACCCGGGAUAAAACGGAAUCACUUAUGAAUAAAAUGAAGGACAUGAAAAAGUCUGCGGUAGAAACUGGUCUCAAUAAAUUGCACUCGCGCGAGGGAUAUCUAUUUCUAAUGGAGAAAAAAGCUUUUGGUACAACAUGGACAAAACAAUAUUGCACAUAUCAGAAGGAUAGAAAAGAAUUUACUAUGAUCCCUUACAAUCAACUCACGGGAAAAUUUAGUAGCAAGGAAAUUUUUACACUAGCCUCUUGCAUACGACGAACAUCAGACACCAUCGAAAAAAGAUUUUGCUUUGAUAUCACUGCUAUUGAUAAACCUAAUGUAACGUACACGUUUCAAGCGCUUUCCGAAGAGGAUAGGAAGUUAUGGAUGGAUGCUAUGGAUGGGAAGGAACCUACCUGUCCACGAUUAGGUUCUUCCACAAGACCUGAAGAUAUAACGUUAGCCGAAACCGGUUUCACGUUUGUAUCAAAAUGUAUUGCGGCACUCGAAGAUAGAGGACUAGAAGAACAAGGUCUGUACAGAGUGGUCGGAGUUGCAUCUAAAGUAAACAAACUUCUGACGAUGGGUCUCGAUAAAAGAAAAAUAGACAAGCUUAAUUUAAGCGAUCGUUUCGAAUGGGAGAGUAAAACUAUUACCAGCGCGCUCAAAACUUACUUGAGAACAUUGUCCGAGCCAUUAAUGACUUUUCGAUAUUACAACAGCUUCAUUACAGCUGCGAAACAGGAGUUGAAAGAAGUUCGGAUAAAUGAUAUACACAGCCUUGUUUACCGAUUGCCUAAAGCCAAUUUCAAUAUGCUGAUCCUUCUUAUUACUCAUCUUUGCACCGUAGCAAAGAAAAGUGAUAAAAAUCUAAUGACCGUGGGAAAUUUAGCAGUGUGUUUCGGCCCAACUUUAUUACGACCAGAAGAAGAAACAGUAGCAUCUAUAAUGGAUAUAAAAUUUUAUAAUAUUGUUGUGGAAAUAUUGAUUGAGAAUUGUGAAAGAAUAGUAGCUGGACCACCCCAAGAUUCCUUGCAACGCGCGGCAGCGGCGCAGUCAUUGCAAGCUGUUAUCCCAAAUAAGUCACAGUGUGUUAAAAUGGAAGAAGGUCCAACUUCCUCGGGUAAUGGAACAGCAUUUUUAAGAUACCCAUUACACACGGCGGUAACAGUCACACCCGCAUCGUCACAUGCGCAUCUCGUUACGAGAUCUUACUACGAUGGCCAGUCUUUGACUGUUAAUAAACCGAAGAUUGAUGAGAGAAAUAACGGGGAUUAUGGGGAAGAUCUCGACAACACGAGUCAUCGUAUACCUUCGUAUUUGGAUAGCCGCGGCGGUAGUACAAGCGUCAGUGGCAGUCGUAUAAAAUUGACCAAUGCGAAUCUUAUGUAUCAUUCAGCUGACAAAGUUCUGAGUGGUGGUAAUACGAGUAGUUCAAGCGAAUCGAUCGCCUCGGAUCCACAUCCCUUCACAAGCGAAUUACCAAUAAAACAAAAACGUGGCACCAUGAUAUCCGUGCACUAUCCUACAGCUUAUCCACAGCGUAGCAAUUCGUCAUCGAUAUGUCCAAUCAAUACUUCACCUAGCAGUGGACGUUCGAGUCCUGGUCAAAUUCCAGGAAUUUGGAGAGUACGAACUUUAUACGCGUGCAUGGCGGAAAACGAUGGAGAAUUAUCAUUUGAACCAAAUCAAAUUAUUACAAAUGUUAAGGCCUCUUUGGAGCCAGGUUGGCUGGAAGGCACAUUAAAUGGUAAAACUGGUUUAGUGCCGAAAAAUUACGUGGAGCAACUGCCCUAAAUACCACGAGGAAAGGAAAACCAAAGAGCAUCUAAGAAAAUGUAGGGAAUUUUAUCAUUACGGAGACAGAUUUACAAAUAUUCUUUCAGAUAAUGGUCUUGAUACUGUUGAAGAAAGCGAAUUUAUGAAAGCUAAUGUUACAUAAUGCAACAGUCGCGCAUUUUGAGCUUUCAAGUGAAUUUUCUUUGGCGAUCUACUGCUUAGUCAAUUAUAUACAUAUAUGCUUUUACACUAGUGGAUUCUGAUAUCAAUAAUGAGGAAGGGGAGGGUUAAUAAAUUUUUUUGCUGAACAUCGUAUAUCGGAAUCCUGUGCAUAAAAAUUUACGGGCGCUCGCGUUAAUCGGUCUGCAUCAUUUUACCUAAAUUUUUUUAACGGAUCUAAUAAGACUGAUUUCUUUUAAUUUGGAAGGGGGAUUCCCUACGCCCUAGAAUCCACAGUGUGCUCUUAUGUAAACAUUAUUUAUUAGAAACCAUUUUAUUCUAUUCUAUAUGUAUCUAAAUUGUACAUAUAAUCACUUACGAAUGGUAUACAUGUGCAUAAAAAUAAUAGAAUAUUUCUGCUGUAUUUAAAUACAUUUAUACUAAAAACACAUUCCUACAUGACAUAUGUAUAUGGAAAUACAUUCCUGGAGCUUGUAGGACAUUUUAAAGGCAUUAACCAUUCGUUUUAUAUAGCAUUGUAUUAUAAUUAUAAUAAAAUAUAUAAUGCCAUAUUGAAA